AUGGCCCGUCGUCCUGCGAGGUGCUACCGCUACUGCAAGAACAAGCCCUACCCUAAGUCGCGGUUCAACCGCGGUGUCCCCGACCCGAAGAUCCGUAUCUAUGACCUGGGUCGGAAGAAGGCCAGCGUCGAUGACUUCCCUCUGUGCGUGCACAUGGUCUCGAACGAGUACGAGCAGCUGUCCUCUGAGGCUCUCGAAGCUGCCCGUAUCUGCGCCAACAAGUACCUGGUGAAGAUGGCCGGUAAGGAAGGUUUCCACCUUCGUGUCCGUGCCCACCCCUUCCACGUCGUGCGGAUCAACAAGAUGUUAUCGUGCGCCGGUGCCGAUCGUCUCCAGACCGGUAUGCGUGGUGCCUUCGGCAAGCCCAACGGCUCCGUGGCUCGUGUGCACAUCGGCCAGAUCCUUCUGUCCGUCCGCACCCGUGACGCCAACCGUGCGAUCGCCGUCGAGGCUCUGCGCCGCUCCAUGUACAAGUUCCCUGGUCGCCAAAAGGUCAUUGUGUCGAAGAACUGGGGCUUCACGCCUCUGCGCCGUGAGGAGUACGUCAAGCUGCGCCAGGAGGGCCGUGUCAAGAACGACGGUGCCUACGUGCAGUUCCACCGCCAGCACGGCCUGAUUGAGGAGAACAUCAAGCGCUUCCCUGAGGCGUACGAAAACGUUUCUCAGGAGGCAUAA